AACCACGCCAAGAAAGACGGAAGACGCUGAGCGCAGUGAGGAGGACGAUGUGGCACGCUGCGCGCAAGCAUGAUCGGCACUUGAAGGAGCUGGUCGCUGCCACACGCAAGCGCUCACAGCAACGACAAGCAGAGGCCAUCCAGCAGCAAGUGGAUCCGUUGCAGCUGCUGCGGCUUCAGGGGGUGCCAUGUCACGUUCACUUUGUAUCGGAGAGUGAGGCGCGCGCCAACAUGGGGCGGGCCACGCUCGUUCCGUGGCAGAACCACAUGGACCACCUUAUUGACCGAUUCGACGUGCGUGCGUCCAUGGACGCGAUGGACCUCAUGGAUGCGGAAGCGCACGACCUCGAGUCCAACGUCGACGCUGGCAUCACAGUGAGCUCGCAGCCCAGCUCCAUGCACGCCAGCGAGCCCGACGAGCGCAUGCAGCAUGGCAGCAAGUACUUUGAGCGCCGCUUCGAGGCGUACCGUGACCUGGUGCAUACGGCGUUCAAGCGUAUAUCCGAGACAGAGCACCUGCGGCUCAUCGAUGCCCUUGACGAUUCAAGCAAUCCAUUCUCCCCACAGCUGUCUGCGCGCAAAGGACCGCCCGCACCGAAACCAGCAGAAACCUCCUCAAACAACACUGCUGCCAUUGGCUUUGACUAUGGUGGCAAUGCCUCGGCAGCUGUCGUAGACACAGCGCACACGGCGCAGGGAAGCAGCGGCGCUGCAGCUGACAGCGCCAAGAACGCCAGUGCUGGCAGCACCCACCCUGCCGGCGACAAUGCUGUGGAUGCGAUGUGCGAUGCAAGCGAUGACGACGAGGACAAUGACGGGAAUGGCAUUGAUGACACGCAUGCACACAAGCUACUUCUCCGCGACCUUGAACAAGAGCUGUCGCGGCUUGAUUCGCGUGAUCGUGCAGACAUUGACAGCAUUGCACGGCACCAAUACGACAUUUCGUACUUUUGCACAUUCCUCGAACGCAGCAGAGAGCUGACGCGGCAGCGGGAGAAAGCGCUGCGCGACCAAAAACAGUACCAGCUCCGGCGCUUCAAGAACCACUCGGCCGUGCACACAGACACAGCAGCAACAACAACAACAACAUCUGCAGGAACGCAGGGAGGUGACGAUGGUGGUGGUGAUGGCGGUGGCGGUGGCAACCGUGGUAGAGACCCGUGCACACGUGCACGUGGAGAACGGCCGUCUCGGUCGCGUUCACCGGACUGGAGGGGACGACGUCGGAGACGUGGUGGUGGCGGCGAUGAUGGCGAUGAUGGCGAUGAUGGCGAUGGUGGUCGGUAUGGUGGCAGGCGACGUUCGGGAAGCAGCAGGCGCAGGCAUGAUAGCAAGGAGCGCAGCAGAGAUAGAAGGGGCGGGAGGCGAAGCGAGCGAGGAAGGAGGCCACCAAACAAGCUGCCUGCGUUUGCCAUUCCACUGGACAAAGACAACGACGACGACAGCGCUGACAAGCGACUGCCGUCUGUCCGUAGUGAUGACGAUGACAACGGCGGAUACGGUGCGCGGGAGCGACGACGCGAUCGUGACCGCGGUGGGCGGCGACGGGGCGGAAGAGCAGCGCGGACGCGUGGAGGCAGGCGGAGCAAGACGCCGGAGGGCAAGGCCGUUUACAUCACAUCGUUCACGAUGGGUGACUCGGAUGGAUCUGGCGACAACAGCGAUGUUGGUGGCCUCACUGCCAUCGAACAGAGGAACGACAGCACAUACGCUGCUGCAUUCCACCCAUCAGCAGCAGCCACAAUUGUGGCAACAGCUGGAGGUACCACCGCCAAUGCCUCCAACACCCCUCACACCACCACCCUCACCACCAGCAAGGCGAAGGGCCAGCAUGAGCCGUCGUGGCGGGCGCGCGUAACGCCCGAUCGUGACGUCACGUCAUCGUCACUCGCGCGGCGCGUGCUGCGCUCUGAUGACUCUUCACCAUCACCGUCUCCGUCACGUCAGUCAUCAUCGUCGUCGUCAUCUUCUGAUGUUUCUUCGGCAUCGGCGUCGCCAACGCGGGGCAGCACCAGCAGUAGCAAGAAGGGAGUGCGAAGGAAAAAGAGGACACGUAACGAACGAACGCGCAGAGACAGCGAGAAGCGGCGAGGCAGCAGGCGCGGCAGUGAUGAUGAUCGCGUGCGGAGUGGUCGUCGCAGUUGCAGCCGCAGUCGAAGUCGAAGCAGGGGGCGAGAGAGGAGGGGAGGGCGGCGAAGGAGCAGGAGUCGGAGUGCGGAGCGGAGGAGAAGAGUUGGAGAUCGCGAUGGGAGAAGUGUGGACAGGAGAGGGAGGAACGCUGGUACGCGGGAGCAAGAGCGAAGCAGCAGGAGGAACGAGCGAGGCGAACGCAGGCGAUCGCGACGAAGCAGGGGUACAAGCAGGAGCAGGAGCACAAGCAGGUAUGAAGCGCGUGAUCACAGGCACCGUCGUCGUGAUCGUGACCGUUCUAGACGUGGUGGUGACGAUCAUGAUGAUCGCAAGCAGCGGGGCAAGUCACCCGCGCCAGCAACUCCACCACAACAGAAGCUGCCAGAGGUGGACAUGAAGAAGCUGACGCCCAUGGAACGCAUGCAGCUAAGGCUCAAGAUGCAACUCCAAAAGUCACAGCAGGAAGAGCGCGCGAAAGAAAAGACAAGAGAGGUUGAGCGCAAACGACUGGGCCUCUGA